AAUAUGACAACAUUUGGGAUCAAGGAGGUUGUAAAAUAUUAGUAGUCUAUAAGGGACAUGCACUAGCUUUUGUCAGAGUAUACAAUUUUGAGAAAAACUGAAGGACCUUUCCAAUGGUACAGUCUUUGAAGUGUUUAACAGAAAUUCUUAGAAAAUUUUAUUAUACAAGAGUUUUGAAUAUCGUAAGUGUCAUAAUAACAUUACUGUAAAAAAAACCUUGACAAUGAAAAAUGUGUGUCUAAAAGAGACAUAAUCCUUAUCUUUAGGGUCAUCAUAAUCUUGUUAUGUUCUUUCUUUCUAUCAUAUUAUAUAUCCCUUGCUUAUGGGUAGCUAGGUUAUUUUGCCACUUAAUGAAAUGACAUUUUAGGUCAUUCUGAGUUAUUUCACAUUACUAUUUAAAGGGCAUAGGAAAUAGCUACCUUAUGAACAUGCUGUCUUCGUUUAUCCAUCUUAUAUAAUGAACUUGAAUCCCAGCAGAAGAGGGGACUUCUACAGCAGGAGGAGAACCUAUCUGUCAGAAUUUUUAAGUUAAUUGUGAUUUAUUAAUGGAUCCAUAUAACAAAUAUUUACUGAGCACCUACCAUGUGCCGGGGAUUAUUUUAGAUAUUGGGGAUGCAGCAGUGAACAAAAUGAAGUUCUAACACGUGAGGUUGAAACAGAAAGGAAACAACUAAAUAAGUACUUCUAUACUAUGUCAGAUAAUAAAUACGAGAGAGACAAGGCAGGGCUGGGAACGGCAGCUCAUGCCUAUAACCCCAGCACUUUGGGAGGCUGAGGCAGGAGGAUUGCUUGAACUCAGAAAUUUGAGACCAGCCUAGGCAACAUAGCAAGACCUCAUCUUUACAAAUAAUUAAAACAUUAGCCAGGCAUGGUGAUGCACAACUGUGGUCCCAGCUACAGUUGCUGAGGUGGGAGGAUCGCUUGAGCCUGGGCAGUCAAGGCUGCAAUGAGCAGUGAUUGUGCCACUGCACUCCCUCCUGGACAACAGAGCAAGACCCCAUCUCAAAAAAAAAAAAAAGGAAAAAUGAAAAGAAAAAAAAGAAAAAGCAAAGCAAGAGAUAUAGGAAGUGCCUUCAUAUGUAUUUUUCCACAGUUUAAAAUUUUCAUAAAAUCAUAACUCUCUGACUUCAUGUAGAAAGUAUAUCACACUGGAAUGAACUUGUAGCUUUUUCUUGAUGUAAUCCAACCAAUGGGAGCACAAUUCUGGUAUAUAGGCUGUCUAGAAUUUGAAAGAAAUCAAAUAAUUCAUUUUGUUUUGCUGAGAAAAUUUUAAGAAAUCACGUGGCUAUGUGUUAUUAUUAUUACAAGAUGACUGAUCACUAUUAUGUCUUCUUUCACUUCUCAAUUUCCCUCAGAGCACCCCACCCAGACUACAGGCUCUGGAGGGUGGGGACCAUGUCUGGGUUGUUUACUGAUGCAUUUUAUAAUUUGACACAUAGAGACCAAUAAUACUCCUUUGAAUGAAGAAAUUAAUAAUUAUCAUUGCGUGAUAUUGUGAUUACAUCAUUUCCUCCCAAUUUCCAAACUCCUGAUAGAAUAGAGAAUAGAUCAAUUGUAGCAAUUGGUUUCGAAGUAAAGACAACGCAUGGUGGCGCUACAGGCUAAGGUUUCAAAAAAAGGAACCGGAAAAAGCCCAUGAAAUGCUACCAGCUACUUCAGACCUCUUUCAGCCUAAGAGGAAAGCCUGUUAGCAGAGCACGGACCAGCGUCUCCGGAGAAUGCUAUUCUCCUACAUUUCCGGACAGGUUAUCAACGGACAGAUCGAUCACUGCCUCUGUCCCAUCGCUCCCUGAAGUAGCUCUGACUCCGGUUCCUUGAAAGGGGCGUGUACAGAAGUAAAGAUGGAGCCUGUAGGGGAGCGCUUUCCUGAACAAAGGCAAGUCCUGAUUCUCCUUCUUUUACUGGAAGUGACUCUGGCAGGCUGGGAACCCCGUCGCUAUUCUGUGAUGGAGGAAACAGAGAGAGGUUCUUUUGUAGCCAACCUGGCCAAUGACCUAGGGCUGGGUGUGGGGGAGCUAGCCGAGCGGGGAGCCCAGGUAGUUUCUGAGGAUAACGAACAAGGCUUGCAGCUUGAUCUGCAGACCGGGCAGCUGAUAUUAAAUGAGAAGCUGGACCGGGAGAAGCUGUGUGGCCCCACCGAGCUCUGUAUAAUGCAUUUCCAAGUGUUACUGAAAAAACCUUUGGAAGUAUUUCGAGCUGAACUGCUAGUGAGAGACAUAAACGAUCAUUCUCCUGAGUUUCCUGAAAGAGAAAUGACCCUGAAAAUCCCAGAAACUAGCUCCCUUGGGACUGUGUUUCCUCUGAAAAAAGCUCGGGACUUGGACGUGGGCAGCAAUAACGUUCAAAACUACAAUAUUUCUCCCAAUUCUCAUUUCCAUGUUUCCACUCGUACCCGAGGGGAUGGCAGGAAAUACCCAGAGCUGGUGCUGGACACAGAACUGGAUCGCGAGGAGCAGGCCGAGCUCAGAUUAACCUUGACAGCGGUGGACGGUGGCUCUCCACCCCGAUCUGGCACCGUCCAGAUCCUCAUCUUGGUCUUGGACGCCAAUGAUAAUGCCCCGGAGUUUGCGCAGGCGCUCUACGAGGUGCAGGUCCCAGAGAACAGCCCAAUAGGCUCCCUAGUUCUCAAGGUCUCUGCUAGGGAUUUAGACACUGGGACAAAUGGAGAGAUAUCAUACUCCCUUUAUUACAGCUCUCAGGAGAUAAACAAACCUUUUGAGCUAAGCAGCCUUUCAGGAGAAAUUCGACUAAUUAAAAAACUAGAUUUUGAGACAAUGUCCUCGUAUGAUCUAGAUAUAGAGGCCUCUGACGGCGGGGGACUUUCUGGAAAAUGCUCUGUGUCUGUUAAGGUGCUGGAUGUUAACGAUAACUUCCCAGAACUAAGUAUUUCAUCACUUACCAGUCCUAUUCCCGAGAAUUCUCCAGAGACAGAAGUGGCCCUGUUUAGGAUUAGAGACCGAGACUCUGGGGAAAAUGGAAAAGUGAUUUGCUCAAUUCAGGAUGAUGUUCCUUUUAAGCUAAAACCUUCUGUUGAGAAUUUCUACAGGCUGGUAACAGAAGGGGCUCUGGACAGAGAGACCAGAGCCGAGUACAACAUCACCAUCACCAUCACAGACUUGGGGGCCCCAAGGCUAAAAACCGAGCACAGCAUAACCGUGCUGGUCUCCGACGUCAAUGACAACGCUCCCGCCUUCACCCAAACUUCCUACACUCUGUUCGUCCGCGAGAACAACAGCCCCGCCCUGCACAUCGGCAGUGUCAGCGCCACAGACAGAGACUCAGGCACCAACGCCCAGGUCACCUACUCGCUGCUGCCGCCCCUGGACCCGCACCUGCCCCUCGCCUCCCUAGUCUCCAUUAACACAGACAACGGCCACCUGUUCGCCCUCAGGUCGCUGGACUACGAGGCCCUGCAGGCGUUCGAGUUUCGCGUGGGCGCCACAGACCGCGGCUCCCCGGCGCUGAGCAGCGAGGCGCUGGUGCGCGUGCUGGUGCUGGACGCCAACGACAACUCGCCCUUCGUGCUGUACCCGCUGCAGAACGGCUCUGCGUCCUCUACGGAGCUGGUGCCCCGGGCGGCCGAGCCGGGCUACCUGGUGACCAAGGUGGUGGCGGUGGACGGCGACUCGGGCCAGAACGCCUGGCUGUCGUACCAGCUGCUCAAGGCCACGGAGCCCGGGCUGUUCGGCGUGUGGGCGCACAAUGGCGAGGUGCGCACCGCCAGGCUGCUGAGCGAGCGCGACGCGGCCAAGCACAGGCUGGUGGUGCUGGUCAAGGACAAUGGCGAGCCUCCGCGCUCGGCCACCGCCACGCUGCACUUGCUCCUGGUGGAUGGCUUCUCUCAGCCCUACCUGCCGCUCCCUGAGGCGGCCCCGGCCCAGGCCCAGGCCGACUCGCUCACCGUCUACCUGGUGGUGGCUUUGGCCUCAGUGUCGUCUCUCUUCCUCUUCUCGGUGCUCCUGUUCGCGGCGGUGCGGCUGUGCAGGAGCAGCAGGGCGGCCUCGGUGGGUCGCUGCUCGGUGCCCGAGGGCCCAUUUCCAGGGCAUCUGGUGGACGUGAGCGGCACCGGGACCCUGUCCCAGAGCUACAAGUACGAGGUGUGUCUGACAGGAGGCUCUGAAAGUAAUGAUUUCAAGUUCUUGAAGCCUAUAUUCCCCAAUAUUCUGAGCCAGGACUCUAGGAGGAAAUCAGAAUUUCUAGAAUAAUGUAGGUAUCUGAAGCUUUCCUACCGUCUGUUAACUUUGUCUUCCUCACUUCACCUUAGUUUUUUUUAACCCUUUAGUAAUCUUGAAUUCUACCUUUUUUAAAUUUCUACUGUUGUCUUUAGUAAUGUUACUCAUUUCCUUGGCCUGGUUGUUAGUUUUCAAAUUAUUGUAUUAUUAUAAAUAUUUUAUAUCAGGAAAGUUCAUAUUUCUGAAUAAAUUAAUAGUAUUCAUUCCUGAAGGGUAAUAUGAAAGUUAACCCCACCUAAUAAACAUAACUCUAAUUUUGAAAGUACCUUUCACACUAUAUGACACUACAUAAGAAUGUAUGAUUUUUGAAGUCAUAUUUUAAGGUUUUUUAAUAGUUUUCUUAUUUACACAGCUCUGACUUUUUGACAAAAGUUUGGGGUGUAAUCAUUUCAUAUUUAUCCAUGUGUAAUUUCUUCUAAGCUUCAUAUUUGGAGUUUUGUUUUUUUCCAAUAAGGAGCAACAUGGACAAUUUUAAGCUACUCUUUUCAAGGUCACACUUGUAAGCAUGAGACUUUCAUUCUAAAACACACAUGUCAUCUCAUAAAAAUAUAUCUGCAUAAUGUAUUCUUUCUCAUGUAAAUUAACAUAGAAAAGACUAAUGGGUUCUUUCUUAUCUCUGUCUAAUGUUAUGAUCCUAUUGGGGGGCUGGACAGGCUUUCUAAUACCCAGAUUUACUGUGUUUAAGGUGUUCCUAUAAGGCCAAUAGACACCAGGACCAAGUAAUGCAUCUCCUGCAAUUUCCUCUUGCCACAGUAGGAAAAUCUUAACUAAGUUCCAAAUUCUGGGCUUAGAGGAGCUUCUGAUGGUACAGUAUGCCAACAUUUACUUGUCUUUGGAUGGUGACAUUGUUCUGAUUCAUAAGGAAUUUGAAAGAAAAUACAUUGUAGAAUUAAUAUUAGUUAACCAAACAAAAUUUAUUAAAGGAUAUGUUGGUGAAGGAGUUGAAUUAUUUGAGGAAAAAACAUCUGCUGUCUUGUCAGGACUUUUCAACUUUGUCUCCAGGAGCUUUUCAACUUUGUCUUUUCAACUUUGUCUCCAGGAGCUUCUCAACUUUGCAGAUACUCUAGAAUGGUAUUGCAUGCAAAAUAAUGACUGCCAAGAUGUUCCUGCCCUAAUCCCCAGAACCUAUGAGUAUGUUAUACUGCAAAGAAAUUAAGGUUCAAACAGAAUUAAGGUUGCCAAUCAGCUAAACUUAAAAUAGGGAGACUCUCCUAGAUAAUCUGGGUGGGUCUAUUUCAAUCAGUGGAAAGCCCAUAAAAGCAGAGUUGAGUCUUCCCUGAGAUGAAAAAGAAAUUUCAUUUAAGGACAACAGCUUCAGCUUGUGCCCCAGAGUUCCAGCCUGCCCCUCCUAACUGCCUGCUGUACAGGUUUUGGACUUGUCUAACCACGUUUCACAACUGAAUAAGUCACUUCCUUGCAAUAAAUUGAUUACUAUACAUCUCCUGCUGCCUGUUUCUCUGGCUGAACUCUAACUAACACAGAUUUUGAUACCUGGAAGUGGGGUGCUACUGUAAUAAACACUUAAAAUGUGCAGGUGGCUUCUGAAUUGGACAGUGGGCAGAGACUGGAAGAACUUUAACAGGCAUGACAGAAAAAGCCUCUCUUGCUUUGGACAGAGUGUUAGCAGAAAUAUGGUGUUAACAAAUCUGCUAGUAAGGACUCAGAAUGAAGUGAGGAGCAUGGUGGAGAAACAUGUUGCCUUAGAGAAUACCUACUUCACUUUAAAUAGAUUGUGAGUAGAAAUAUGGAUGUUAAAGUCUCUGCUGGUGAGGGUGCAGAAAUGAGGAAAAUAUUAUUGGAAAUUGAAGAAAAGGGAAUCCUUUUAUAUGGUGAGAGAAAAAUUAGCUGAAUUGUGUCUUGUAGUUAUGUAGAAAGAACUUGUAAGCAAUGAACUUGGGAGAUUUCACUGAGAUUUUCAGGCAAAGGGUUGAAUGUACAGCCUGUUUUUUUUUCUUGCUUCUUAUAGUAAAAUGUGAGAGGGAAAAGAAUGAGAGGAAUUAGAUUGAGAGAAGAACUGUGAAGCAAAAAGGAAACCAGACUUGGUGGUUGGGGAAAUUCUCACCCUAUUCUGACUGCAACAGAUGUUAAAAUCAGGAGAUUCACUGCUAAGGAUGCAUGUUCUGGAGAGAAAGCCACAGACAUAUUAGGACAACCUUUUACUAGUGCCUUGAAAGAAUCAGGUAGUCAAUCAUACAGAAGGCUCUUUGAAGAGACUAGGCACAUGACAUGGAUAUCUUCAGCCACAUCAGCAGAAGCCAGGAAUAGAGACAUAAUUAUUCAGUAAAUAACUUCGAAGGAGUCUCUUGUUUAAUAAAUUGAAUCCCUGUGAAAUGCACAGGAAAUAAGGUUAUUAAGAAUGUUUAAUCGGCAGUAACACUGCCAGCUUGAAUUGAAAGGGAUAGAGAGAACUAAUUAAAGGAGGAUGUGGUACCCUCCUCCCCAAAUUUUGUAAGCAAGAAAUAGACUGAUAACACUGCUUAGCUAAAAAUAUGUGCCAAUUCAAAUGAAAAAGGAAGAAUAGUUCAGAGGAUGGAGCCUGAAGUCCAGAGAGUACAGCUCUCAAACCACAGAGGAUUUGUCAGUCCCAAGCCUUGAAAGCAGAAGUUUCCCUGGAUGUAUUGCCACAUUCAUUGGUGCAGGUGAUUUUUUUUUUUUUUACUUUUACUUUUUUACAUAGUUGUCAGACUAGGUUCCAAGUUGUCUACUUAAGAUGUAUGAGACAUUUGUCAGAGAAGUAGUGAGGUAGGAGAUCAGCAGGACUUAUUUUCCUGUCAAAACAGGACAAAAUGAAGAAAUUGACAGGAACCAGCAGGUGGUGCACAAUUGAAGUUAAAAACCCUGCAGGAAGUAGCAGGUGGUGCCGAAGGCAACCUCUAAUUGCCUUCACUGCUCAUUAGCAUAAGAGAUUCCCACCAGCCCCAUGACAAUUUACAAAUAUCAUGGCAACCCAGAAGUUACCACCCUUUUCCAUGGCAACGACCUAGAAGUUACUGCCUCUUUUUCUAGAAAGUUCUGAAUAAUCAGCUCCUCAAUUUGCAUUAACUCACCUCUUAAUUAGCAUGUAAGUGAAAGUAGGUAUAAGUGGGUAUAAAUAUAGUUGCCAACAACCCAUAACAUAAGUUGCUACUGCCAACUCUGGGUGCACUGCAAAAGAGUUAGCCCUGCUCAGCAAGGAGCAGUCCCUUUCAAUAAAAGAUUGCUGUCUAACAGCACCUGAUUGCCCUUGAAUUCUUUUAUGUGUGGAGCCAAAAACCCUCCCAGGAUAAGCCCUAAUUUGGGGCCUUGCCUGUCUUGAAUCAGUCAUAUUGUUUUCCCUGGGGUGUUAUCAAGGGACAGUACUCUGAACUACUGCAAUUAAAUUUAUAUCAUCAUUCAAUCAUCUCACAAUUGGCAAACAUAUGCAAAUAACUGAAUUUUCAAGAAAUAUUCCUGGCUAGUAGCAUCUCCAAAAGCUGACUUUGGAGAACAGAAUCAGAAAGUGAACUGAUAAAUGCGAGGCACGCUUUUAAAUCUGGACUUAACGGUAUCCUGAGCAAGAUGACUAAGAUGUUUAUGCAGCAAUCCAGACUACCCUGCCCCCAUCACAGGCAAUAAGUAGCAAGGCUAAAAAUUUUACUUAGUAAAAUUGACUAAAUAUGGAUCCUGAAAAUAUUCAUAAGUGGAUCAGCAAUCCGUGUGUUUUUGUGGAUUACGGCUAUUUGAAGGAUAAGUACCAAUUCUCCUCUAUAUCAUGCAUAGCACCUAGAACAAUUUUGAACAUGAGUGACAAGUCAUUGUUUCUUAGUGAAUAAAAAAAUUAAGGACAGUGAAAUAAGUUUCUUGGAAACUAGCAGGGUAGAGACUCUCAUCAACAUAAACAGAAACAUUCAUUUUACCUAUUUUGUCUUUCAGAUUUUGUAGACUUCUUUUGAGAUUUCUGUAAGUCUCAUCUUGCCUUUUAUGAUGUUAAUCUAAGGCCAUUGACCAUCUUGCUUUAUUUCCCUUCCUUGCUUUUAUUUUCUUCCUAAAUGGCAAUUGGAAUACAUAGGUAGUUGUGGUCAUAUGACAGCAUUCACAAGGUGGGAGCUACCUUAUUCCAACAAUUGGAAAGUGGAGGAGAAUUUUAAUUUCUUCCACAAAUGAAUUUAAAUGGGGGCAACAGUUUUCUGAGAAACCCAUUAGCUAUGUUUUUGGUAUAAUAAGAAUAAGCUGCAGUGUCUCUUCACUAUCCUCCAAACCACUACUUAAAAGAGCAACAUGGAACUUCUAUUUCUAGUUUGAUUACUGUAAACAUGGAAAUUAUGUGUAAUUUUAGACAAUUUAGUUAAUAUGACUAUUUAAAUGUACAUAAAAUUAUCCAUUUUGGCUGAUGGUUGAAUUUUUAGAAAAGAUUUCCUUAAAAGUUGAAAGCUUGGCUGUACUAGCAGAGGUCUCUCUGGAUAUUUUGAAGUCAUAAUGGAGUGUUAUGAGUUAUCUUUGGGAUAAUCCCCUAAGGGUUUUAUAAUCUCAGAUAAACACUGUGAUGAUGUAUUUUCUUCACAAAAGAACAAAGGAAACAUAAACAUAAUGAAUAUUUUUUGUUAAUCCAAUGCCUAUUCCUGUAAAAAUGGGUUCCUUUCCUGUAAAAUCAAUAGAAUAUAGGCUCUAAUAUAGCAAGCUCAUUUCAUAUGUAUUGCCAGUCUAUUGAGGGAGAGGCUUGUGUCUUUUUUCCCAAGCAAAGCCAAAUAGCAUUCAAUGAGAGUUCACUUUGGUGAUGUUUAAUGAAAAUCUAACUCAGGUAGAGGCCUCACUGGAAUACUCCAUGAACAGAAAUGUAAUCUGGGCAAAACCCUGCAGGCUUUAUCUUGGGAAAUGUAAUAAAAAAUAAUCAGAAUAUUGUCUCUAUUGCUGAAUCAGUAGCCUGGAAAUCACUGCAGAAGUUUUACCUGUGGGAGGCUAUGGGAACCCUCUUGUGUCAUGUGCUCUCAAAUGUGAAUGAGCAGGUCAAGAACUAAGGAUAUUCAAAAGAUUUUAAAUGUCCAAAUAGGCAGUUCUGGAAAUACCUCAACAUUGUUUGGAUAUUACAUUUGACAUGAAAUAAAAAGCAUAUGAAAUACUUUGCCCAAGUUCUGUUCCAAGUUCUCUUUCUGACCAGAUAUUUCAGUCUGACCAUUGUUAAAAGUCUGAUCCAUGCCAGGGAAGUCAGGCAUUCCAAAUUUUGGCAGACCCAAAGAAUGGAGGUUAAAGAUAUUCCUGAACAUGCUCCUUGAAGGAAUCUUGUGUCACUCAACUAGCCUGUCCCUAAAUGUUACUCCUCAAAUUGUCACUACUGCCAUCAACAUUCAGAAUCAUGUUUGAAAAGCAUAUGCUCUUCUACAUAUCUCUUAUAUUCUGCAUUGAAAAUGACUUUUAGAAAUUCAUACUUCAUAGUAACAGAAAAUGUACUAACCAGAAAGAUCUUUUGCCAAAUUUAUACUUCCCUUAGUCUAAAUUCUUUUAGUUUUAAUCAACAGAAACCCAAUUCAAAUUAGCUCUCAAGAUAAAAUACAGAAUUUAUUGAGAAGAUAUUAGGGUAUAUAAUGUAGUUUAGGAUAUGUUUGGAAAUAAAACUGAUUGAAGGGUAAGGCCAUAACAAUUAGAAACAAGGACUUGACCAUUUUUUCUAUCCUGCUGGUUUCAUUCCCUUUUACUUCAGACCAGCUUCCUUCACGUGGAGAAAAAUGCACUUAUAUUUCAAGAGCCUAAAAGUUAUUUUAAAACUAUUAUAAGUUGACUCAUGCCUUUUCUGGUACCAAGUUUGGAAAUACUGGUGGGCUUAUAUCAAUUCCAAACUAGGGCUAGGAAGCAGAAGAUUCGUGUUUGUUGGUUUAGUAAUAUGACUACUCCCAUUUGUUUUACAAGAGUCCAAUGGGGUGGAGAUAUAUGUACUCCCUGGAAAAGGGGAGGCAAAUGCAUAUCUGCAUGUGUCAGUAAUCACCAACACCAAUGAUUUGAAAUUAAGGGAAUCACAGUUAACCUUUUCUUCAUAAUUCUUGUAUUUUAUGUGUCUGCAAAUAUUAAAGAAAUUUUACUUCACAAUCAGGGCAACAGAUAGACGGUAGCUCAAUUACUUUGAACAUCCAGGCAUUUGUCUGUGGAAUGGUCAUAGGUGACAAUGGCAACUCAACAUUGAUGCUGAAUUUCUGUAUACUGCUCAGCUCACUAAAGAAAACUGAUGCCCAGUAGUAAGGGCAAAGUAGACUAUCUGGAGUGGUGGCAAUUGAGGGUGGUUCCUCUUAAAAUGGGAAUUAAAAUCAGUGACGCCUGUGACAUCUAUUUCUUCAUCAAAAUCUUCCACAGAACAUUCAUUUUAGCUAGCACAGUAGCCAUUAGCAUCUUUUUAAGUGGAUUUUUUCUUACACACCUAGAUGCCCCUUAAUAAUAUGUCAAAGGAAGAGAUGUAAUACCAAAAUGACUUAAAUACAUGAAUUUGUUCUUGACCUUUCUAUGUUUCUGACUGCAGUAAUCAUUAUCUAACUGACUGGGGCUUUUGAUAACUGCAUUACUUCUGGUUAUCAGCAUAGUCAUAAAAAAUUAAAAAUUCUCAUGAAUUCUAGGACUUUCAGAAGUUGGCACCAUACUUACAACCCCCAUUAUGAAUAUUAAUGGCUGGAGAACAGCAAAUGCCAUUUCCUCUAGGGUAUUACCAUUAGUACCCAAUCAUCAGUAGUCUCUGUCACUUGUGGCAAUGAUGGUCGUUUUCAAGAUAAUAUUAAUUUGUAUACCAAAUGAGAGAAGAAAGCUCAUUACUGCUACUUUUAGAUUUGGUCUUUCUCUUGCCUUUUCCAAAAAACAUAUUUGAUUAAUUCCUGACAACCUUCUUACGUAUAGAAAUGCAUGUUUUGAAACAAGCCUAGAGAUCCCAAUGUGUACUACUUCCUUUGUAUCUUAAUUUACAAAUGUUUUAUGGGUAAAGUCUAGAAUUUAAAGGCAUCUCUAAAGGAUUAAUAACUUUGUCUUUCUUAGACUGAUCUGGAAUACCUUGAGAAGAGCAUUACUUCCAUUUAUCAGCAUAGUUACCAAAAAGUCGAGAAAAAUCUAUCAUGAUACAUAAAUGAUGAUGCCUCAAACAAUUUUAGAAAUCUACAGCUACAAAUACACAAAACCCCAUAGUGGUUUGUGUAUUUGUGUGUGUGCAUUUGUGCCUGUAUAUGUGUGUGUUUCUGGUGGGUGGCUUUAGUAGACAGUGGCAAUAAAGUGCAGAGAUAAAUACCACAGUAACAUUGCUUUUCCAAAACUUUUCCACAUUACGAUUUUUUUCUUUAAUCUAUGAAUGUAUUUAAUAAAGUUGGCAUUAGCAACAUAUUGUAGAAGAGUUUACAUUUUCAAAUGAAAGGAAGUUAUUUCUUGCAAAUGGAAUAAUCCCAACAUUAUUGAAUUUAGAAUUUUCGUGACCUUUUUGGCCUUGAAGGAGCAGCCCAGGAGAAGGAGCUGUGAAGUAGAUAUGGUAAAUUUUCCCCCAGUGAGAUCAGGAAACAAUAAAGUUGACAAUAGGAUCUGACAGGAUGAGGGUGAGGUUAGUGUGGCAAAUGUGUGCAAGGGCAGGGUGGUUCCUGUGCUUACUUAAAAUUUCAUAUUUUGUUUCUCAUGGGUGUUUACAUUAAAUUUUAAUUUUUACAAUAUUGCAACAAAUAGUAUUUAUCUCCAAGUUUUGGGAUAAUGACUUAAAAUUUGCAUCUGAGUUACUUGCUUCGCCCUUGUCCCAGUUGUUCGUUGUUUCCAACUUGCAAGUUCAAAUGUUACUAUGGUAACAGUGAUGGCUACAACUGGAAUUCGAGCAAAGAAAUCUGAAGCAAGUCCUAUUCCAAAUAUGGAGUGGCAGGAGCAAUGAUGGAAGAAUCCAAAGACAUCCAAGCAGAUCUCAUGAGCUGGAGUCCUGCAGACUGGGAAUGGAACAGCACCUGUGUGAUCAUGAUUGUCUAGGAAAAUUGUUUGUAAGUUUUUCUUCCAGGUGACAUGCAGCCAAGUCAGUGUGCUAAUUUUGUUGAGAAUUUGUGCAUCUAUAUUCAUGAGAGAUGUUGAUCUACAAUUUUUUUUCUUGUAAUACCCUUGUCAGGAUUUAGUUUCAGGGUUCUCCUGGUCUCAUCAAAUGACUUGCCAAUUGUUUCCUCCACUUCUUCUUUUAUGAAAGAGUUUAUGCAAGAUAGUUAUUAUUUCUACUUUAUGUAUUUGAUAGAAUUUACUGCAGAACCCAACCAUGAAUGACAUUUUCUUUGUGGGAAGAUUUUGAGUUGCACACUCAAUUUCUUAAAUAAAUAUGCUGCAAUUCUAAUUUUCUGUUUCCUCUUCUGUCAGCAGCUGGCAGCUUGUGUUUUUUAAGCAAAUUUGUCUAUUUUAUCAAAGAUGUUGAAGUUAUUGUCAUGAAGCUAUUGAUAAUAUUUCUUUCUCAUCUUUCAAUAUAUUUAGAAUCUGCAGUGAGGCCCUCCCCCUUUCACUAUGGAUAUUGGUAAUUUAUGUUUUCCCUCCUUUUGUCUUUAUUGGUAUUUCUGUCAAUGUACCAAUUUUAUUAAUUUUGAAAAACAAGACAAUCAUUGGUUUCACUACUUUUCCUAUUACUUUCUGUUUUCUUCCUUUUCUCAGAGAAAAAAAGGCUGGAGUGCAGUGAUGCAAUCAUAGCUCACUGUGACAUCAAACCGCUAGCCUCAAGAGAUCCUCCUAAGGCCAGGCAUGGUGGCUCACACCUGUAAUCCUAGCACUUUGGGAGGCUGAGGCAGGUGGAUCACCUGAGGUCAGGAGUUUGAGACCAGCCUGGCAAACAUGGUGAAACCCCAUCUCUACUGACAAUACAAAAAUUAGCCAGGCAUGGUGGCGGGCACCUAUAAUCCCUGCUACUCGGGAGGCUGAGGCAGGAGAAUCGCUUGAACCUCGGGGGUCAGAGGUUGCAGUAAGCCAAGAUCAUGCCACUUCACUCCAGCCUGGAUGAAAGAGCAAAAUUCCAUCACACACACACACACACACACACACACACACACACACAAAAGAGAGAGAGAGAGAGAUCCUCCUUCCUCUACCUCAUGAAUAGCUAGGACUACAGGUGCAUGCCACCAAAUCCAGCUAAUUAUUUUUAUUUUUAUUUUUGUAGAGACAGUGCCUCACUAUGUUGCCUAAGUUGGCCUCAAACUUCUGGGCUUAAGCAAUCCUCCCAAAUCAACCUUCAAAAAUACUGGGAUUACACGUGUGAGCUGCCUUUUCUAGCCUCCUUUUUGUUUUCUAUUUUAUUGAUUUCUGCUCUUCUGUUUUUAUUUCUUUUAUUCUAUAUAUUUUGAGUUUAGUUUUCUCUUUUCUAGCUUCUCUGAAAGCUUAGAUCAUUGAUUCUAAGCCUUUCUUUUCUAACACACUUGAAAAUACAUAAAAAUAUGAAGUUAUAAAUUUCUUCCUAUAUAUUACUUAAGUUGCAUUUCAUGAACUUGACUAGUUUGUGUUUUUGUUACCAUUCAGUUUGAACUAUUCUUCUUUGACCCAUUGCUUGACUAUAAUUGUGUUGCUUAAUUUCCAACUAUCCAAAGGUAACAUUUUUUAUUUCCAAAAUAAUUAUUUUUUGGUCUGGGAGCAUACUCUGUAUAAUUUCAACCCUUUGAGAUUUAUGAAGUCAUUAAAAAUUAUUCAGCAUGUAAGUUACCAUGGUGAGUUCCCCAUGUGUGCUUGAAAGAAAUGUGUAACCUGCAGUUGUUGGUUGAGUAUUCUGUAAAUAUCAAUUAAAUCAAGUCACUUGAUAA